AUGAGUGAACCUCCUAAACCAUUAUUAAUUAAAGUUGUAUUAAUGAUAGAUAGUCAUACACUAAGGUUUGAUAAACAAGUAACUAAAAAUACUAAAAUUGGAGAUAUUUUAGCACAAAUUAAAGGAGGAUUAACAAAUGAACAGAAGAAAUAUGAAUUUAGUUGUUUUAAUGAUGGAAUUAGAUUAGUAGAAAAUAAUGGAAUUGAUUUUUAUGGAAUUGAUGAUGGAGAUGAAAUUGAAAUUAAAGCAUUUAAUAAACCAAUGGCUAUGGCAAGAUUAUCAAGAGUAGUACCACAUGAAAAAGAUUAUCAUCAAAUAUAUUUAAAUAGUGAAAAAGUAGGAUUUUUAUUAAAAAAGAAAGUAUCUAAAGUUAGUGGAUGGAAAAGAAGAUGGGUUGUUUUAUGUAGAGGAUUUUUAUUUUAUUAUAAUAAUCCUAAAGAUGAAAUUCCAAUUGGAAAAAUGCAACUAAAAGAUACAUAUAUUCAGUUUUUAGGAAGUGAUGGAGAAAAACAAUUUGUUUUUCAAUAUGAAAACAAACCUGAUUGUUAUCAUUUUAGUUGUGAAAGUGAAGAAGAAUAUAUUAAUCUUAUGAAGAAAACAAUGGAAAAUUUAAAUGAACAACAACUUCGUUAUGUAUUAAAUGAAACAUUAAAAGGAUUAGUUUAUCUUCAUAGUAUUAAAAUUAUCCAUCAUGAUAUUAAAGCUGGAAAUAUUUUACUUACAAAUGAAGGUAAAGUAAAAUUAGCUGAUUUUGGUGUAUCUCAACAAUAUAAAGAGAAUGAAAAUAAGAAAGCAGAAGACUUUAUUGGAAGUCCUUUAUUUAUGUCACCUGAAGUCAUUAAAAAAUCUUUCUAUAAUAAUAAAACAGAUAUUUGGUCUUUAGGAAUUACUGUUAUUGAAAUGGCAGAAGGAAAUCCACCAAAUAGACAUGUCACUAGUUUUGACCAAUUACUUACUGUCAUUGAAAAUAAACCUCCUUCUUUUAAAAAUCCAAAGUUGUGGACAACUCAAUUGGUUGAUUUUGUUGCACAAUGUCUUAUUAUUGAUUAUAAUCAAAGACCAGAUGCUGUAACAUUAUUAUGGCAUCCUUUUAUUGUAGCACAAUCCCCUCCAUCUCCACAACCUUUAUUAGAUCUAAUUAAACAAGUCGCUAAUUAA